AUGCUUUGCUCCGCCCAGAAAAAGCCCAGGCUGAACCAUCAUGCGUCCCCAGACACGAAGGAAAAACCGUAUAUCUGUUUCUGCGGGGCCGCAUUCACCCGCCGGGAUCUCUUGAAGAGACACACAACCAUUGCGCACCAGAGCAGUGGAUUGGCUUCCCCGAAUUCCCAGCCCGAUAAUGAAGCUCUAGAUCCAGUCCAUAGACCCCGAGCCUCGGAACCUGCUGCAGUCCAACCGCAUUACAACCUCCCUCCGGCGUCGCGACCAGAUGCGUCAUUGUCUGUGCCGCCAGCUGUGGAACCUUGGACUGGGCCGCAGCGUGGACCAUAUCUAGAACAGGACCGAAGUACAGUGAUUGAUACCGGGAACAGUGGUGCGAGCGGCUUGACUGUCCCUGCUAGUGCAGUCGGCCAUGAUGCGGAUAUCUUAGAGGCUGCUCACCUGCUUCUGCCAGGCAACUAUCGACAUGCUGCCCCUCCAGCCCAGCCACUGCCGUAUUUACCCGAAGAUCUGAAUCACUUUCAGGACUUUACGCACUUUCUGGACUCAAUCGGUCUGCCGUCGGAGUGGGUUCCGGCCUUUGGUGACAUCCCUCAGAUCCACAACUCCUUGUCCGCCGAGGCUCCAGAGUUUAGCAGGAAUACCAGAGAGCAACAUGAGCCGCCUCGCCCUCACCAGACAGACCGGUCGCGAGCCGACUCGCCCUUCCGGACGUGGCUCCCAUCUGUACCUCCCGCGGAUCAGAGUCUGGGGUCUGUGUCUGACUACGAGCCUCCUCAGAUUUCCAGAAACCCUUCGCCGUUGAAAGUCACCGAAGAGCAAAGACAGCGUCUUGCCAAUUCCUUAGAAGAGUACCGAUAUCUCAUUCAAGAUUUUGUCCUACCUUCACGACACACUUUAACCCGAUAUCUUACCUCUUUUUUCGCUGGCUUUCAUACGCAUCUCCCUUUUAUACAUGUACCGACCUUGCGGAUCAAUAGUCGAGCUCCAGAGCUCAUACUAGCCUUUAUGACAAUAGGGGCCCAGUAUCGUUUCGAACAUCGCAAUGCGCAGCGGCUUUUUCAUGCAGCCAAGUCGAUAGUACUAUAUAAGCUGUCGAAGGAAUCGAAUUCACCGUCGCUAAAUGCUGUUAUUCAGAUACCUCUAAACAGCAUUCGGGACUCAUCUCAGCGGCCAGGUCGAGACCCAUCGCUAUCGCCGUCAGAAUUUGCUGCAGGGAUGAAUGCGUGGAGGCAAAUAGAGAAUAUUCGAACUCUGCUGGUAUUGAUGGGAUACUCGACAUGGGAAACGGCCGAGCUGGUUCAAGAGGCCUUCGGUCUGCAAACCUUGCUCGUGCGGUGUUUGCGCGAGUUCGGCUUGAUGGAAAACAUUAUAGUUGCUCCGAGGCAUUCCCCCUUGCAGUGGCAUGAGUGGGCCGAAGAGGAAUCCAUCAGGCGCACUCGAUGCAUCUCUUUCUGCUUUGUUCAUGUUCAUAGCAUAGCAUACAACAUCUACCCAGUGCUUCGCAGCAGCGAGGUUCACCUGCGCCUACCAUGCUCUACAAAGGAAUGGAAAGCCGCUACUGUCCACGACUGGGAAGAUGCCCAAAAGGAGGUAGGGUCUCAACAGCUAUUUUUCCAGGAUGCGUUGGGGCUCUUGUUGCAGCAGUCACGGACUCCUGUCCUCCUGGACCCAAUCCCUGCACCAUUGGGAAACUACAUUCUGCUCCAUGGUCUCCUUCAGCGUAUCCAUCUGGUCAGUGAGCUGUCUAUACCGAAUGGAGACCAUUCAUUUUCCCUCCCAACAGAGGAACUCAAUAAGCUCGAGAGAGCCCUGCGAUCAUGGACUUCUGUUUGGCAGCAAGCACCGGAAUCAAGUCUGGACCCGCAUAAUGAGAAUGGACCUAUUCCGUUCACAUCAAGCUCGCUUUUAGGACUUGCUUACGUUCGCCUGUCUCUUAAUCUUGGGCCUCAUCGCCAACUGGAGACACGAGAUCCAUACCGCAUUGCCACUGCAAUGCACAGAUCGCCACGGCCAGGGAGGAGUUAUAGACUUACCCCUGCAUUGAUAUAUUCAGCACACGCAUUGAGUAUUCCCGUACGGUUAGGGAUAGAUCAUGUUGCGCGCAGUCAGGCUUUCUUUUGGAGCGUCCGCCACUCAAUUGCCAGUCUAGAGUGCGCUGUUCUUCUUAGCAAGUGGCUUAUGUCACUGGCCGAAACUGGCAAUCAAGCCUUAAGUGAAAAUGAAACCCGAAUCUUGCAUUGGACGCGAUGCAUUGUGCAAGAGGCGUACGAGUCGAUGGAUCUGGAAGAAGGUGAAACGUUCCCCAGCCAGGAUCCCAGCAGCCUCGGCCUCGCUGUCAUAAAGCUCUGGGCUCGUCUGUUCCGAAAGAACACACAAUGGCCCUUCAUAAAUGUACUUGGUCAGAGUCUAGACAGGUAUCUUGCCCUGAUUCAACCAGGCUAA